AUGAAAACCCCACCCCUUCGCGGCAUCCGCGCACUUGAACUCGCCGAGAUCUGGGCGGGGCCGUUCUGCGGCGUCCUGCUCGGCGACAUGGGCGCGGAGGUCAUCAAGGUCGAAGCCCUUCAGCGCAUCGCCAGAGGUCCCAUCAGUCCCGCGCCCAACACAGCCGGCUACCCCGACUACGACCCCGGCGAGCGCCCCUGGAAUCGACAGGGCAACUUCAACGCCACCAACCGCAACAAGCUCGGCCUGACUCUAGACCUCACUACCGAGCAGGGCGUCAGCGCCUUCAAGGAACUCGUCGCCAUCAGCGACAUCGUUUUCACCAACUACGCCUUCGGCGUAAUGGACAGGCUCGGAUUGGGACAGGAAGUCCUUCGCAGGAUCAAACCUGAUCUCAUCGUCCUCUUCACACCCGGUUACGGCAACACCGGCCCGUACAGGCAGCACCGCAGCAUGGGCAUGGCGAUAGACGCGAUGACCGGCCACUCCGCCCUGCGCGGCUACCCGGACCUCGAUCUCUCGCACAACUCGCUCGUGCAUCACCCCGACGCCGUAGCCGCCGUAACCGCGACAUUCGCAAUCUGCGCCGCCUUGCACCACCGCGCCCGCACCGGACAGGGACAGUUCAUAGACAUGUCGCAGGCGGAAGCUUUUAUGCCCCACCUCGGCGAGACAUUCCUUGAGAAUCAGAUGACCGGCGCACCACGCGAGAGGCGCGGCAACAGCCACCCUCAGAUGGCCCCGCACGGCUAUGAGGAAUGGCAGAGCUUUUGCGAAGUCAUAGGGCAGUCCAACCUCGACACAGACCCGCGCUUCGCAUCCCUUGACGACCGUAUCGCCAACCGCGAAGCCCUCAAUGCCAUCAUCAGCGAAUGGACGGCGCAGCGCGACCGCAACGACAUCGCCGCGCAGCUGCAGGCGCAAGGCAUACCGUCCGCGCCCGUUCUCGGAUGUGGCCCGGACACCUACGAUGACCAGCACCUGCAAGCCCGCAAUUACUUCCAGCUCGUAACCCACCCCGACGCAGGCACCUACCCCAUGAGCGGCCCAGUCUGGAGCACCCUAUCCCACACCGCUCCAGAUAGCUCGCUCGAAGACGCGCCGCGCCUUCCCGACCGCCACGAUCCCGCCCCUGGACUCGGCGAGCACAAUCACUACUUGCUCGGCGACCUGCUAUGCUACGGCGCCGACACCCUGCACGACCUCGAAAGCGCCAGCAUCAUCGGCACGGUGCCCAUCGAAGGCGCAGACAUGGGCGGCGUCCGACGAUUCGCCCGUGAGCGCCAAAGCGGCGCGGCCGCGUCGUAG